CAGCGAAAGAGAGAGCGAGAGACCAAAACAACCAAAAUAAGUUACGUGAAAUUAUAAAUAAAAAAUAAGGAAAUACACGUUCAGCGGCCGUCUAGACAGAUACAACAAAGCAACGCUCCAAAAACUGACAACACAUUUCGCUUUUUGCCUCGUGCCAUGUGAGCAACUUCAAAUUGAAAUCAGAUCGGAAAUCAGUGUGCGGGUGAUGUGCUAAUUGGCGGAACUCGGCAAUUUAUUGAACGCGAAAAAAAAAAACGCCACAAUACAACUUCUAUCUCGACACGAAACCCAAAACCCCAAAUUAAACCGCCGUCGAAUUAUUGUGCAUCAAAUGAAUGUGCGAAAAGUGCAAUAAAUCAAUGUUUUGGGAGAGGCGGAGGAAGCAAAGAGACGGUAGCAACAACAACAAAGAGAGCAAGACUUAACGGGACACCCGAAUCUUUUGGGCACUACGAGAUUUUCACAAUAGUUCUAGUUCUAGUUCUAAUAGCUCGAAAAUGGACGAGGUCUUCAGCCUGCACAUGGAAAAGCUGGACGUUUACGACGUUCUCCUCUUGGCCGGCAUCCUCUCCGUGAUAAUUCUGAUCUGUAUAUAGUUUAAAUCCGAUCGAAACUUAACAAAAAUGCUGCAGGAAACGCAGCGACGCAGAUGU